GCUUGUCCUAGUAUAUCAUUAAUAGUGGUAAGGAGAAUAACAAUAACGCGAAGGAUCCUUCCCGGCCACCGUCGUGUCUUCAUCGCUUUCCUUACUCCGGCCGGUUUCUUGACUUUUUAUCCCACUCCUGCGCAGCUCUUUUGCCUGUUUUCUGUUCACUCUUCUUAGCGUCCACUUCAGUUGGAAUGUCGGAGUACAACGCGGUUUCUCCGCCCGGAUCCGGAGCCUCUCUCGGCGGACAGGCAACUGUGGGGAACGGAGCCGGGGGCAUCAAGAAAGAUGCGUUCGCGGACGCCGUGCAGCGGGCCCGUCAGAUUGCAGCUAAGAUCGGAGGUGAUGCUGGUCCUCCCAUGAACAACAGUAGUGCAGCAGACGGGUUUCCAUUCACCGCACAGAAACGACAGCUGGAUGAUGCAGAUGAACCAGAGAGCAAGAAACUGGCUGCACAGUGUGACCUGGAUUCAGCCAAAGCACUGUCUAUUGGUGCACAACUAGUUGCUCUGUCACAGCAAAGGUCUGCCUCUUUAUCGGAGGAGUACAGUGUUCCAGACAGCAUGGUGGGACUCAUUAUUGGUCGUGGAGGGGAACAGAUCAAUAAGAUUCAACAGGAGUCAGGAUGCAAGGUUCAGAUUGCUCCAGACAGCGGAGGCCUUCCAGAGAGAAGUGUGUCACUCACAGGUGCACAGGAGUCUAUACAGAAAGCCAAGAGGCUGCUGGAUGAGAUAGUGUCACGAGGGAAGGGUACACCCCCGUCUUCACAUCAAGAAUCCACAAAUGGCCAAGAUGGAAGCGUCCAUGAGAUGAUGAUCCCUGCUGGAAAGGCUGGCCUUGUCAUUGGCAAGGGAGGAGAGACCAUCAAACAGCUCCAGGAGCGUGCAGGAGUGAAGAUGAUCCUAAUCCAGGAUGCCUCUCAGGGACCCAAUGUUGACAAGCCCCUGCGUAUUAUUGGAGACCCCUACAAAGUUCAGCAAGCUCAAGAGAUGGUGCAGGAGAUUCUUAUGGAGAGAGACUAUGGUGGCUACAAUGAAAGAAAUGACUACAGCUCUCGAGCGGGAGGAGGCAUGGAUGUGAGUGUGUGUAGCAGCAAGAUUCCAGUUCCCCGGCACUCAGUCGGCGUUGUCAUCGGACGCAACGGAGAGAUGAUUAAGAAGAUCCAGAAUGACGCUGGAGUUAGGAUACAGUUCAAACAAGAUGAUGGAACUAGUCCAGAGAAGAUUGCCCACAUCAGUGGCCCCCCGGAGCGCUGUGAACACGCAGCCCAGAUCAUCAGCGAUCUACUGCAGAGCAUCAGAGUCAGAGAGGAAGGACAGGGGGGUCCUCCGGGUCCUCCGGGCAUGCCUGUCGACAACAGGGGGAGAGGAGGGGGGAAAGGCGGUUGGGGUCCACCUGGAGGGGAAAUGACCUUCUCCAUUCCUGCGCACAAAUGCGGGCUGGUGAUUGGCCGGGGAGGAGAGAACGUCAAGUCCAUCAACCAGCAGACGGGAGCCUUUGUCGAAAUCUGUCGCGAGCCACCGCCCAGUGGAGACCCCAGCUUCAAGCUGUUCAUCAUCCGGGGCUCACCGCAGCAGAUCGACCACGCCAAGCAGCUCAUUGAGGAGAAGAUUGAGGGUCCUCUAUGUCCUGUGGGCCCAGAACCAGGUGGUCCUGCUGGACCAAUGGGCUCCUACAACCCCAACCCAUAUAGCCCUGGGCCACCACACGCUGGUCCUCCUGGGCCUCACCAGUACAGUCCUCAGGGUUGGAGCAGCACCUACCAGCAGUGGCAGCCACAGGCACCUCACGACUCCAGCAAGGCAGCAGCUAAUGAUGCCAACGCAGCAUGGGCAGCGUACUACGCUCAGUACUACCAGCAGCCGACGGGGACUGUGCCAGCCCAGUACCCCGCAAACCCAGCUGGUGGUGCCCAAGCAUCAGUGGACCAAACCCAGAGCGCUCAGGCGCCUGGAAACCCACCAGACUACAGCAAAGCCUGGGAGGAGUAUUACAAGAGGAUGGCUCAGUCGGGUGGCUCCGUCCCUGUGACCCCAGCUGCAGCCCCAGGGGCAGCGGGGGGUGCCUCAUCCGCUGCCGGGGCCCAGGCUGACUACAGCGCAGCCUGGGCAGAGUAUUACAGGCAGCAGGCUGCCUACUACGGACAGUCAGGACAGGCCCCCGGCCCACCGGCCCCUCCGCAGCAGGGACAGACGCAGUGACUUCAUUGCACAAGGUCUGAUGCCGGAGAGAAGACGAUGACCGCUCUGACCUCUUAAGUUUAGGAGCAUGUUUAGGAGCAAAUGUUCUCUAUUUAUUUUAAUCUUAUUUGUUGUGGAAAUGAAUCACCACAAAACUUUUAUUAAAAUAUCAAAAUGAAUAGACAUUGUAGGACAGCUAAGGGCUGGAGCUAUUCACAUUCACAACGCGCCCCAGUGCUGCUCCAUAUGUAAAUAGAGGAGUCUGUCUGCAAAAUGCAUCACAGCGGGCGGAUGGAUCCUAUUGUACAUUUAUGCUCUUAGAAAUCUGGAGGCCAUGAAAUGCUAAUGCAGCUAAUGUCACCUUUCUGUACUGCUGAAGAAUUUCUUUUCAUAUUGGUUGAUUCAUAGCCUGGAAUGUAAACAAACAAUAAAUAGAAUUUUCCAAAUUUAUUUAAUUUUCCCCUUUGAAUGGAAAACUCCAAAACUGGGAGAAAUCACCAAACUUGACGUGAUUGCUUUCGUUUCUUUGCCCAUUGUAUGUACUUUAGUCCUAGAACUAUUAGAAUAAUAGUCUUAUGUUAUAUCGAGCAGAGAACAUAAAUAAGAAAAUGAUCAGUGUUAUUUAAACAGCAUUUCCUCAGAGGAGCUUUGUUAGGAAAUAACAGGGCCAGUCGUCAUCUUCAGGACAGAUUCAGCCCGACUGCUGGCGCCAUGGAAGCUGUGACUUGUUGGAGUGUUUUACAUAUAUUAUGGUGUUUAUGAGACCAGAUCUCAUGCCCUUGUGGACUGAAUGAGAGUUUUUUUAAUUGUUCUUAGGAAACACACAUGACCUUACAUCAGGUUAUGCACAUUUUCUGGAUUAACAAAGUCUAAUGUAGUAUGGUAAUAUACAUGUAUUCUCUACACAAUUUUGGCUUGUUUGAUUGUAAUAUAGAAACAUUUGGUUGUAACUACAAAACAGUGGCUGCAAGUUCCUCUGCGAUGGGAAAAUGUCACGUGAGGCUGCAUUAAUCCUAUUCUGUAUUUGUCUUUCAUCUAAUAGCAUGUUAAUGGGUUUUUAAUGGCGGCAGACAGGAACCUGUGGCCCCUUUGCCUUACCACAGACCUUAUUUGUGUACAGAAUAAUCAAAUUUAGUCUUCCAACAUGUCCCACUCUCAGAUACGUUGCGUAUGCACACAUGUUCAGCAAUAUAAGGCUGAAUCAAUAGAGAUAUUACAUAGGAUUCCUGUGUGAAAUGUUGAUAUUGUUAAUAAAUGACCACCAGCAGCAAUAAUCAAAAAGGAGAAAAUGGAA